GAGAGAGAGAUAAGCGAGAGGCAAACACAGGGCAGCAAUCUACAAGAAGACGCCCUUGAUCUCAGCGCGAAGCCAAGCCACUGUGGUUGUGGAAGGAACCUCUUUGCAAAGCAAAUUAUUCGAUCGUUAUCUUCCCCAGCUCACCCCACCCCAAAGCCGAUUUGAUUGUUGUUUCCGUUAAGCCAAAGAUAUCACCAAAGUCUCCAAUUUCCAGUUUUUUUGUGCCUUCAAGCAAUCGAAAUACUCUUCCCCCCUACAGUCCCACACACACUCACUCCGCCAAAACAGAUUCCAUUGUCGUAAAGCGACUGAUGACUACCGCAAGCAACUGAUUUUACUCUGCUGAUCUCACUAUCCCUCCCUCCCUCUCUCUCUCUCUCUAUAUAUAUUUAUAUAUAUAAGUGGCAGUGCCUUCUCUCAAUUGGACGUGCGAGAGGAAGAAGGGGGAUUCCUGGAUUGGCAAUUUGGAGAUAACUCAACUUGAAGUUUGAUCCUCACAACUAGCGGAUGCACUGGCGACGAAAUGGAACGCAAUGCGCUGCUUGUAUGCUUGAUUCUUCUGAGUGCUUCGUGUAAAUCAUCUGCUGCCAGGAUUGAAGCAAAUCAGACGGUAGCGCUCUUAGUAAACGCCUCGAAAGCGAGCGCGAAGAAGAUUCCAGAGACCUUAUUUGGUAUCUUUUUUGAGGAGAUUAAUCAUGCUGGUGCGGGUGGAUUAUGGGCUGAGCUCGUCAGCAACCGAGGUUUCGAAGCAGGGGGUCCGAACACACCUUCCAACAUCGAUCCCUGGUCUAUUGUUGGGAACGAAUCAUAUGUAGUAGUUUCGACAGAGCGUUCGUCAUGCUUUGAUCGGAACAAAAUAGCGUUGAGGAUGGAUGUGUUGUGCAGCACCGAAGGCGCCAAUAUCUGUUCAGCUGGAGGAGUCGGGAUCUAUAACCCCGGCUUCUGGGGAAUGAAUAUCGAACAAGGGAAGAGUUAUAAGUUAGUUUUUUAUACUCGCUCUUUGGAUCCAAUCAACGUGACUGUGUCGUUGGUUGGGACGACUGCAUCCCGGACGCUCGCCACCAAAAACAUUAUAGUUUCAAAUGCUUCAAGUUGGACUAAAGUGGAGGCCACUUUGCAAGCAACGGGAAAUGAUUCGAAUUCGAGGCUUCAACUGACGACAUCCCGGAAGACCGUCAUCUGGUUCGAUCAAGUGUCACUAAUGCCCACCGACACAUUCAAGGGACAUGGUUUCCGCAAUGAUCUUUUCGACAUGGUAAAGAAGUUGAAGCCGGGAUUUAUGAGGUUUCCAGGUGGUUGUUUUGUCGAAGGCGAAUGGUUAAGGAAUGCAUUUCGUUGGAAAGAAACGAUAGGCCCGUGGGAGGAGAGACCGGGCCAUUUUGGUGACGUUUGGCAUUACUGGACCGAUGAUGGAUUUGGUCACUACGAGUUUCUCCAGCUUGCCGAAGAUUUAGGCACAUUACCUAUAUGGGUGUUCAACAACGGAGUUAGCCACAACGAUCAAGUCGACACUUCUGAUGUAUUACCGUUCAUACAGGAAAUUUUGGAUGGACUUGAGUUUGCAAGAGGAGACAAAACUACAAAAUGGGGUUCGGUUCGAGCGUCGAUGGGCCAUCCGGAGCCCUUUGACUUGAGAUACGUUGCCGUCGGGAACGAGGACUGUGGAAAGAAGAAUUACCUCGGAAACUACCUCAAGUUCUACAAUGCGAUAAAGCGUGCCUAUCCUGACAUCAAAAUAAUAUCAAAUUGCGAUGGCUCUUCCAAACCUUUGGAUCAUCCGGCUGACUUCUACGAUUAUCAUAUUUAUAGCAGCGCGAAUAAUGUGUUCGCUGAGUCAGGAAAAUUCAACAAAGUGCCGCGAAAUGGUCCUAAGGCUUUUGUGAGCGAAUAUGCUGUGACGGGAAACGACGCGGGCAAGGGUAGUCUUUUAGCUGCUAUAGCCGAAGCCGGGUUUCUUAUUGGGAUCGAAAACAACUGCGAUGCUGUCGAAAUGGCGAGUUACGCGCCUCUGUUCGUGAACACCAACGACAGAACGUGGAACCCCGAUGCGAUUGUGUUCGAUUCUUCCCGUGCCUACGGAACGCCGAGUUAUUGGAUGCAGCAUUUCUUCAGGGAGUCGAACGGCGCCACUCUCCUUAAAACGACUCUUCAGCCAAGCACUUCGAGCAAUCUCGUCGCUUCAGCAAUUACUUGGAAAGAUGCGGAUGGGAAGACGUACCUACGAAUAAAGGCAGUGAACUUCGGAAGCAGUGAUGUGAAUCUUCAAAUAUCGAUCGAGGGUUUGGAGGUGAGCUCGAUGCUGGCAAUUGGGUCGACAAAGACUGAGCUCACGUCCAGCGCCGUGAUGGACGAGAACUCUUUCGUAGCUCCUAGGAAGGUGGUGCCCAUGAAAGCCCAGAUGGAGAAUGUUGGGGAGGACAUGGAUGUUGUUCUUGCUCCACAUUCUCUGACAUCAUUUGAUUUGUUGAUCAAUUCAAGCAUCAAGAUUGUGGGAUACCAUGAUUCUUCUGCUGCUGAUGUAUCUUCCUACUGAGAACAUCAUGUCUGAAACUUAUCGAUUUAAGCAAUAAAAUUUCAUACUAUGCAAGAAUCUAUGUAAAUUCCCGGCAAAAUUUAUCGAUAUGCUACGGUUAAUGUAGCUGCAGAAUGUCGCUGUUUGAUCAUUAAAUGAAAUUUAAAACAUGCUCGACAUAGUGCUCAAUCUCA